AUGCCUGUCCCAGACCAGCCUUCGUCAGCCUCAGAGAAAACCAGUUCCCUGAGCCCUGGCCUGAACACCUCCAAUGGGGAUGGCUCUGAAACAGAAACCACCUCCGCCAUCCUCGCCUCCGUCAAAGAACAGGAAUUACAAUUCGAAAGGCUGACCCGGGAGCUGGAGGCCGAACGGCAGAUCGUCGCUAGCCAGCUGGAGCGAUGCAAGCUGGGGUCCGAGACCGGCAGCAUGAGCAGCAUCAGUUCAGCAGAAGAACAGUUUCAUUGGCAGUCACAAGAUGGUCAAAAAGAUAUUGAAGAUGAACUUACCACAGGUCUCGAGCUGGUGGACUCCUGCAUUAGGUCUCUGCAGGAAUCAGGAAUUCUUGACCCACAGGAUUACUCCACAAGUGAAAGGCCCAGCCUUCUCUCCCAGAGUGCACUUCAGCUCAAUUCCAAACCUGAAGGGUCUUUCCAGUAUCCGGCCAGCUACCAUAGCAACCAGACCCUGGCCCUGGGUGAAACGGCCCCUUCACAGCUCCCAGCCCGUGCCACACAAGCCCGACCUGCAGGCCAGAGCUUCAGCCAGGUAGGUGCCUCUGCAGUGCGUCGCUGGGCUCAGAGGGAACAGGUGAGGGGCGGGCGUGAGAUGGGUGUGGGGACCCAGCCUGCCUUGUGUAGGCAGGGCCCUCAACUUACAGAAGACGCCCUUCCAUGCUUUGAAUGA